GAGGCGUGCAGAACGUGUUCGAUCGACCCAAGUACCCGCGGUGGUCCCCGCACUCUCACUGCGACAGAGUUUAGUCAGUCGGUCGGAGGCUUCCACCGAGGAUACGCGCGCGCAUGCAGAACGAUAUAUCAACCCUUAGCGAAAACGCAUACGCAUAUAAAUACAUACAUACAGAUAUACAUACAUAUAUAAAUACAAUUCUUGAAAAUCGUUGGGCACAUGGGCACGAACUGACCCACGAGGGAUGCAGAAAGCACGAUGACGUUUGGACCUGGGCAAUAUGUUCCUUCCUCCAGUAGUACGCUCACGGAGGUCGCUAAAAUAGAAGUUCGCGGUUUUGCUGAUUGCUAAACUUCGAUAUACCACGUUCAAAACUUGGAUAUUUUCUUCUGUGAAAAAAUAAAAAGAAGAAGAAGAGAAGGAGGAAGAAAAAAGAAGCAGAAAAAGAAAAAGAAGAACGACGACGACGAAAAUGAGGAUAUCUUCGAAAUUACGAGCCAACAUUCUCCUUGGUUGGAUCUUUUAUCUCUUCACGUUCCUUCUCCUUCCAUUGCGAACAAAUGCUCUCGAGGAGAACUGUACCGAUUUCCAAGGUGGAACUGUUAGACAUGGACUGCUUUAUGUGCCGGGACCUGCGGUUUGUAGCUUAUGCGUCUGUUAUCAUUCGGAGCCGAUGUGGUGCCAGGCUAUAUACUGUACGCCACCAUAUAAAUGCAAGAAAUUCCGUGUUGGCGAGCGGUGUUGCGAGUUCGAGUGUUUGGACGAUGUGGACGACACACUGGACUGGAGCGGUCCGGAUUUGAUAAUAGUUGACGGAUCAUCCAGAAUACAUGAUCAAGGAGUAUUUUGGUUGACGAUUUCUCUUGUCCGCCCUUCUCUUCCUGCCCUAGUUCCGAGAUCAAUGGCCUUUCGUUGCUCCUGUUCUUGCUCUGCUGCUAUCUAUUAACGCGAUUAUAUCUGAUUUAAUCCGUUUCUAUUACAUCGAAAAAAAUAAUACAGCAAAUAGUCAGAGAUUUGAUCAACGAUCAUGAUAUGCGAUCAUGCGAGUGCCGUCGGGUCGCCAUUUUUCACGACGUGAAUCUAAUCUUUAAAUUGUACGACGAUUUUUUGAUCGACGAAUUAAAAAGAAUGAAAGAAAGAAAGAAAGAAGUUAGCUCAUAAAGACAUCUUACCAUCGAUCGAUCGAUCGAAAGAAAGAGAAGGUAUUAGAGAAAAUUUUUUUCCAAAUAUUUUUUUUCAUCUUCGACAAGGAAGGAAAAUACAUACAUGGAGGAAGAAAUGAAUAAAAGAUCGUGCGAUAAAUUUAUUAGAUGACUUUAAUUAUCGUUUAUUCGCAUGAGAUUUGUGCGUUAGUCAAGAAUGAUAUUACAAUAAAUAAAGGGAUGUAACUUGUGAAUGAUAAAAAAAGAAAGAAGAAGUAAAAGAAAAAAGAAAACAGAAUAUCGUUUCUAAAGCCGUCUGAUCGUUUGUAUACGAUGCAUUAAUUAGAACUGAUCUGUGAUUAGAUGCAAAGUGAUGUCCCCGAAUAUAUAUAUAUAUAUAUAUAUAUAUAUAUAUAUACAGAUAUACAUACACACAUAUACACAUAUGCAUAUACACAUAUACUACAUUACAUAUAUACAUAGGAUAUAUACAUACAUAUAUAUAAUUUAGAAUUUCUUAUACAUAAUAUCUCCAGAUACCUAUCGUCUCUUUUUUCGAUAUAUUAAAUAAUAAUCUAGAUUUUAGAUAGACGAAAUUGAAUCGCCCUUCAAGUGUCGUUGAAGUGAAGAUACAACGAAGGAUAGGAGAAAAAAAUAUAUUAUCGAGAAACAGAAAAGGAAGUAGUAGUUCGCUAAGACUGCUGGCUAUAAAUCGAUCGAUCCUGAAGGACUCUUUUUUCUUUUUUUCUUUUCUUGCAUUUUUUUUCGAGCACCUGUCUUUAUCAGGAAACUUAGAAA